AAUUAAUCAUGAAUAAUGCUGAAAUAUUCGCGAAUUUGUAAAUAAGUCGCAUUAUUUGUUUCCGCUCAAUUUGCCGAAUUGUGAACGACAUUGUAAACACUUCAUUUUCAAGUUAAGUGUAAGUUUAUGUUCUCAUUAGAACGAGAAUUAUCGAGGAGUCUAAUUCGAUAGCGAUAUUUGUCAUGAAUUCUUCCUCGUUAAGAAUUAGCAACAAGAGUGUCUCGGUGCUUGGGAAGUAAAGCCAAGUUUCAUUUUGAAAAUAAUAAUAAUGGAUGACAUUAGCACCUUGACGAACAAACUUAGAAAAACUUAUCGACAAUCAAUUGAUGUCAUGUUCCCACUGGCAGAGCAGGAGGCAAUUGUGUAUUGUAGUGAUAGUGAAUUCAACCAUAUUUUGGAGGAAAAGCACUCGGUUCAGGAUUUGCAAGUUUGUAUUCAUCUUCUGGAAAGACAUAUUGACUUGCAACAAGAGAUGAUCCUUGGUUUAACCAACAUGCAAGAGUUACACAAGGAUGAUGGGAAAUCUUUGCAUUAUAAUGAAAUCACUGACAAGCUGUUGGAAGCUCAGAACAAACUGGCGAUGUUAAGAAGUCGAACGGUUCGCUGCUUGACAAAGCAAGUACAACUAAGAUCUGCUGAUUCCAAAAUACAACUACCCCAAUGGUCUUCCGAGAUUGACUACGAACGAAGAUUUUCCAGCACUGAAAGUGAAUCAAAACACCACAAACAGGUUUCACAGAAGGAAAAAUUACCCAAUGUUGACAACACGACCAAAGUAUUGCUGUCGGAGAAUGUUAGUGAAGCUUCGGACACGAUAUACGGGAAGUACUCAAAUGAAGUCGGUCAGGCGAUCGGUGAAUCAGAUGCAAGGAACAUUCAUCGUGAUGGACAACGGACCGUCUCCAACAGUAAUGACGUCGAAAUGAAACAAGAAUUUUCUCGUGAUAACGUUGAUGUUAGAGAAACUUCGCGGGCAUAUAAAACUGAUGCCACGGAUAAUGGAAGUUUGCUCAGGUUGCAAGAAUCAAAAGAUAGUGGCCUGCAACGUGGAGAAGAAACGGAAUUGUUACCAGAGCAAAAUUCAAAUGGAUUGCAAUUAAUAUUGAAUGUUUCAAAUUUUCCCACGAAAAUGGGAACGAAGAGUCAUGUCACACGAGCAAACAGUCGACAUGUUGUUAAGCCUGUAGAGGAACAAGUCACUGUGCAUGUUUAUGACGAGUCUGACGGAGGGAAACCUGAGGAUAAAGCUGGGGUUUCGAUGGAUCACGUGGAACACUCAAAGCCAAUUGCUUUGAAUGACAUAACCAACGGUGCCGUAGCUCCGGAGAAUGACUUUUGCGUGUCUAAUUCCAUCGACAGGCCAUAUCAAAAGUCGUUUAAGACCAGAGUCAACACUUUGAAUUGGGAUCCGAGUCUGCUCAUAAAGAGGAUAUUUGGCAAAGUGAAACCGAUUACUAUCGAAGAGGUUGAAAGCGGGAAUGACGGUGAAGUACAUAUGGCUGGUUAUUUAGAAAAACUUCCUGUGAACUCGAAGAAGUCAUCAUUACUGAAGAGUUGGAGAAAACGGUAUUUUAAAAUAUUAAAUGGAAAGUUACAUUACUUUGAGGAUCAUCGAUCAGAUGCACCGAUUAGUUUCAUCAAUCUAGGUGGAUGUGAGGUCGCGGAUAUCGGUGGAAAAUGUUUACAAGUUAUGGAAAGUGAUGUGGGUGGUAAAACGCUUGUCAUACGCUGUGGAACGUGGCCAGAGCAUCAAGACUGGAGAAAAGCUUUGGAAAGGGAAUCAAAAGCAAAAGUGAAACGAGAGCAUUUUCAACUGGUAAAGGAGAAGAAAAAGGUCAUUAUUGUGGACUUGGGUUCGUCGUCGAUAAAAGCUGGAUUUCUUGAUGAACAAACUUGGCCUCAAGUCAUAAUACCGUCCGUUUGUGCAAUAAAUAAGGAAGAUAGUACAACUAGGUUCUAUGGCUUUGAAGCACUCAGUCCAGCAGUUCGCAACUCGUGCAAACUUGUUUAUCCUCUUCGCUCUCCUUUGACCGUUGAAAAAUCCUUGCUUGAUCCGGUGGACUUGCUUGGUUUUCUGGAGAUUGUGUUUCGAGAUCUGCAGGUGGAUAUUAGCCAAUAUCAGGUUGUCAUGUCGACGCCUGUCAAUUUAAGGGGGCAAGAUAAGGAACGAUUAGUGGCGAUUUGUUUUGAUUAUUUCCAAGUUGCUGCUGUUUACAUGAAGUCUCAAGCAAUAUUGUCCAUGUACUCAUACAGUUCUACCUUUGGAAUUGUGGUAAACAUUGGCGAUCACAUUGAUGUCGUACCAAUCGAAGAAGGCUACGUCAUCGAGUCUGGUAUGAGCAGUCUUCCUUAUGGUGGUCACCUGGUAACCGAUCAUUUCAUGCGUCUUUUAUCUGCCUCUGGUUAUAGAUACUUUUCAGAGGUGGAGAAUUACAUCGCAGAGUAUUUGAAAGUCAGUACAUGUUAUGUAUCGCAAGAUUAUGAUCAAGAAAUGAAAGAUUUUUCUGACAGCGAUUCUCUCACUGUAGACAUGAGUGAAUUUCAUCUUCCAAAUGGCGACAGGAUGGUCACAGUUUGUAAACAAAGAUUCAUGGCAUAUGAAGGACUAUUUCGUCCUCAGCUCUUUGGUAAAGAUACUUCAAGUAUAACGGAUAUGGUUUGCAGUGCAGUCAUGGCCUGCAGUAUCGACAGUCGUAAGGAGCUAUGCAGAAACAUCUUUCUGAGUGGAGCUACAACUAAGGCCCCAGGCUUUGCCGAGAGAUUACAACGUGAACUGAGUCAGAAAUUUCCAUCGUCUCGUGUUGUUCAGGUCAAUGCGUCCGCUGACCGUCAAUAUGCUUCUUUCAUCGGCGCAGCCGUAGUGGCUAGUCUGGAAAGUUUUGAUGAUCUAUGCAUCACACGCGAAGAAUGGGAAACUGGACCCGAAGUACUUAAGAAAUGGGAUCGUACGUAAGCUGACUUCAAUUGUGGUAACUGGAGUGUAGUGUUGACAUGCAUUUGGCAGUGUUCUGCAGUGAAAUAAUUUAAUAAGUGCUAUUUAUUGUAGUCUAUAUCGAUGAUCUAAUUGAUUAAGUCUAAUUUCCAUGUGGCUCUCAACGUCGUACACACAAAAAUGGCGGUAAAAAAAAUACUCUAGUAUUUUGCGUAUAGAAAUUAGACACUCACUGUCAGUCGCCGAUGCUCAUUUCAUUUAUACGUGACAUCUUUAUUGUAACACACGAUACUUUUCUCUUGUGAUGUAAGUAAAUUUUGUAAUUCUACCAUGCUCAACGGAAAGUAAUUGUUGUUUAUAAA